AUGCCAAACAUCACUCUGAAUACCGGUGUCCUUGGUGAACCGAUUGAUAAACGUCAAUAUGGAGGUAAUGGACUGAAGUUUGUUGUGAUAUAUGCAGAAAGUAUUCGAAGGCACCGAUUAUUUAAUGAUUUCAAGAGGGAAGUAAUAGAUGUAGCUUUUCGAUUCUGGGAGAGAGCAUUGAGUGUCAGAAGACCACCAAACAGAAAGCUGCUUGCAGAAAGAGGAUGUGUUGAACAAUCAUUCUUCCGAGAUUUAACAACGGGUAAAAUAUUUUGUAAAUCACAAUGUAAACCAAAAGCUACAUGCUACAACCAUCCAAUUCCAGAUGAAUAUGCUUCCGGAUGCUCUGUAGGAUCUGGUGUUGGAUCUCUCAGAGAAGUUUAUCGAGAUGGUCCAGGAUUUGCACCAAAUCAAUAUGUUGUUUUUGUCUCAAGUGUGAAUGAACAUGGUUGCUUAUCAGGUAGAACAUUGGCUUAUGCUGGUGCAUGUGAAACGCACCCUACAACUGACAGACCAAUUAUGGGAAUGAUCAACUUCUGUCCAGAAAAGAUGGAAAUAGAAGAAUCAGGAAGAACUAUGAUGCUUGGUACAGCUAUUCAUGAAAUGGCUCAUGCUUUGGGAUUCUCUAAGUCGAAUUACGCUUUGAUGCGUGAUCGAGAUGGCAGACCAUUAACACCAAGAGAUCCCAGAACAGGUAAACCACCAUUGAAUCCUCAAAGGCAGUAUGAUCCAAGUGAGAUUACUGUUAAACGAAUUGCUCGUCCCUGGCUUACAGCGGCUGGAUCUUUUAUAAAAACUUUCUCAUCAUUUGUUACACCGACAUUACUGGCGGUAGGACGCAAACAUUAUAACUGCCCUAACCUGGAUGGGAUCGAUAUAGAGAAUGAAGGAGGAGAAGGAACAGCUGGUUCACAUUUUGAUAAACGAACAGUUGGUGAUGAAACAAUGGCUGGUGAGACAGGAGUGAAAAGUGUACUUUCAGCAUUAACAUUAGCAUUCUUCACGGAUUCAGGGGGGAAAAGCAUAGAACCUUACUGUGAUGAAACGGGUUUUUUAACGUGCUAUCAUAAGAAGGCUUUUGGGAUUUGUGCUAUGGGAAAAUAUAAGGGUUUGUUACCACCAGAAGAGCAAUAUUUCAAAGGUAAUCCUAAUGUUGGAGGUACCAGUACAUUGACAGAUAGAUGCCCCACUGUUCAGCCAAUGGAGACAUUUUUCAAAGAACCUUUUAUGACCUACUGUGAUCAUCGUUUAAAUAUUCCAUUUGCACAAAGAGGAAAUAUGUUUGGUCAAGCUUUUGGGAAUAAAUCGAUAUGCAUUCCACACAUGGGAGCUUGGAGAGCUGAAAUGAAUGGAAAAUUAACACAAGAUCCUCGAGUUAAAGCAACUUGUCAUGACGUAAUUUUUUAA